GGCAUCAGAGCAGGAAAUAUCCUAACAGAUUUACGCCUUCCUCCUUCUCCCCUUGCCCGGCGCCUCCUCCUCUUCUGCCGAUUACGGCUGCAGUAUUUUGGUUCUUCACUCUUGCGUUCUCUGCUCCCUCUUCUUCUCCUUGAUACUAUCUUCCUCCUGGAGCAUACUCCAGCAGCAUACUGCACUCUUGAAAGCAGUAACAUACUCUAGUGAACAAACAACAGUCCCCUCUGCAAAAAUAACACUGCUGCAGAUUCAUUCCAGCAGCAACUCUCCGUUUCCUCCAGCUUCAACUUUGGGGUGCGUCCACACGUUACCUCACUCAACAAUUAGCUUCAGAUUCUUUUGAAUCCAGGGCCAAAGAAGAAAGCGGUGAAAUGACUAGACCGAAUGAUCCAUUUUGGGAUCAUGUUGAGAAGCUGGAUGAUGGUCGUUUCAACUGUAAAUUUUGUGGCUAUAAAUUUGCUGCUGCUGCUUCCGUUACGAUGAUCAAAUGGCAUUUGUCAGGAGUCCAAGGGCGUGGUGUUACAAUUUGUAGACAAGUGCAGAAUCUGAAGAGAGGUAGCUCUCUUGAGAGGCCAUCAAUUAAUCAAGCCGACGAGCCUCGAGGAGAUUCAUCCCCGCCAAAGGAUCUAUUGUGUCUUGGCCUUGGAAGUUAUCAUGAUCAACUCUGUUCUCCAUCUGCAAAAAACGAUGUCAUUAUGGAUGAUGUGCAGAACAUAUUUAGAGAGAAAACAGAACCAGUAGCUAGUAUGUUGGAGCAAAGCUAUGCAAUACUUAAUAAAUUGGCAGGUGAUGAUGGAAGGAUACAAGUGGGAGUUCAGGCCAUCGAACAAGGUGCAGAGGAAGAGUUAAUUUGUUCGCAUCCAGAAGCAGGAAGUGGCAUGGAAAACACCUGUGAAGGAUUUAUUCAGCAUGUUGACAGAAAUGUCUCCCCAGAACGAGCUAGAUUAAUGGAGAACAGUAGUGGAAGAUUAGUGCAGUCCAGCACAAGUGCCAGCUCUACAAAGCUAGUGGGUCGAGCAUUUGAACAGAAUAUAAAGGUGAUACGGUCUUGGUUAAUGGAUGAUGAAAUCUCAACCAUUGGCAUUUAUGGAAUGGGAGGAGUUGGUAAAACGACAUUGCUGCAACAUAUCCGCAAUGAGCUUCUAGAAAGACAAGAUAUUUCUCGUAGUGUUUACUGGGUGAAUGUGCCUCAAGGUUUCAAGAUUGAAGAAUUGCAAGAUCUUAUUGCUAAAUAUCUUCAUUUAGAUCUUUCAAGCAAAGAUGAUGAUCUGUCUAGAGCUGUCAAACUGGCAAAAGAACUAGCAAAGAAACAAAAAUGGAUUCUCAUUUUAGAUGAUUUGUGGAACUCUUUUGAGCCACAAGAAGUGGGGAUUCCUAUCCCAUUGGAAGGAUCCAAGCUCAUUAUGACAACUCGAUCAGAAAUGGUUUGUCGUCAGAUGAAUAGCCGAAACAAUAUAAGAGUGGAUGCUCUUUCUGAUGAAGAAUCUUGGACCUUGUUCACGGAGAGGCUUGGACAAGACAUACCACUUUCUCCAGAAGUGGAACGAAUUGUUGUAGAUGUUGCAAGGGAAUGUGCUGGUUUGCCUUUGGGAAUUGUUACAUUAGCAGCAAGUUUGAAGGGAAUCGAUGACCUACAUGAGUGGAGGACUACAUUGAAGAGAUUGAAAGAAUCAAAUUUUUGGGACAUGGAAGAUCAAAUAUUCCAGAUAUUAAGAUUGAGUUAUGAUUGUUUAGAUGAUUCAGCACAACAAUGUUUUGUAUAUUGUGCAUUAUUUGAUGAACGUCAUAAGAUUGAAAGGGAGGUGUUGAUAGAUUAUUUCAUCGAGGAGGGGAUAAUUAAAGAAAUGAGUAGGCAAGCAGCACUUGACAAGGGCCACUCAAUUCUUGAUAGACUAGAAAAUAUCUGCUUAUUGGAAAGAAUUGAUGGUGGUAGUGCUGUCAAGAUGCAUGACUUGCUUAGGGACAUGGCCAUCCAAAUACUGGAUGAGUACUCUCUAGUCAUGGGUUAAAGAAGAAGAAGAUGAUGAAAUCAGGAUAGACUUUGCUGAUGACAAACUUAAUUCUAGAGAUUGCAUCUAUAGUUUUUUAUCAAUUGGGUUCUGCAUGGAUAUGCUCGUCAGAAAAAAGAUAAUCCAAUCAAGAUGUGUCAUUUUCUUAUUAUAUAUGUGUGGUGAUUUCAAAAUUAAUCAAAAAGUGGAGUGCUUUGCAAUGGUGUUUUCUUUGA